GAGGAGGAGGAGGAGGAGGAGGAGGAGGAAGAACAGCAGGGGGAAGGCAGACUCAAACUGGGGGACGCUGUUUUGGGUGAUUGAGAGGAUUGUGCGACUCCAGAGCAUCUCGCUUCGUCCCCCUUCCAACCUCCCCUCCGGUUUUGGAUUUAAGGUGUCAGAAGCCCCCCGAAGUCGGCACCUGGCUUUUAUUUAUAACCUAGCAGAAAAUUGGAUGGGACGCGCACACGAGCAAGACAAUCCCGGAAAUAACAUGCGUACUCUCAGCCUGUCACGUACGCUCGCUGAGGAUUUGCAUUGCUGCAGGCUGCCGUAGAUCUCAAAGAUGUUUCGGGGACGGAUGCAAACAAACCCGAAGAUUUAGAGGUGAUUUUCACGAGAGCAAUGGGCGAGACCGUAAAAGCCAGAGGAGGGCAUGAAAGUUGCAGCUUCGGCGGGGCUCUUGUGCAUCAGAGGCAGCGGCGGCUCAGCUAGAAAAUGAGGCGAGGACGUGGAGUACGUGCGCACCCAGCAGAUGACGAGAUGAAAUGGAGAGUUUGGGACAGACGGACCUUUUAAACCCAAGCUCUUCCCGCGGAUCCGUCUCUGUUUCACCGCCGCAAGAGAGAAGGGCGAGCGGCCAGCAGCUCGCCUGUGCGCCUGCAGAGAUCCACCACCACCACCACCACAGCCAGCACCGGGCGGACAUGGGGCUGAACGGAUUCUGCGCGGCGCCGGUGGGGAGCCCGACCGCCGCGGAGUUACUCGCCGGUCUCGCCUCUCAAACCGACUCCCCCGGAAUCACAACUCCGACCAAGCAGUCCAAAACCGGCGUGCCGCUCUACAACGGCGGGGAGGUGUCUCCGUCUGCCACCGUGGAGGGGAACCACUCGGGCGUUCUGGCGCACACACCCAAUGGUUACCAAGUGAAAGGGGUAGCGGGGCAAACUGGUUCCCCUGGGUGUCCUCUCACCAGCAGGGCAUGUUUGGUGGAGAACGGAGACCGGACUGCUCAUGAGAAGUUGCCUUUAGUGGUGAGGAGGAUCAAUGGGGACUUGAAAGCCAGACAGGCUCAACAGCAGCAGCAGAAGAGGAGAGGGGGGGAGAACUGGGACUUUGGGGCAGAAACUCAAAAUGGUCCUUUAAUAGGGUCACCAGGGGGAGGAAGCUCUGCUGACCUGCUGUUUGCUUCAGGAGAGGCGGACUUUAAACGGAGGAGGCUGGUGGAUGGAAGUGUUGCAAACAAAUCCUCAGAGACCUCCAGAGUGACCCGAGCAGUUGCCCCUCUCACGGUCACUAUGAACAGCUCCCACAGCGGCCAGCCUCUGGUCCCACACACUAACCAAUACAAUGGACACAGGGUGGCAGCUUCAGGCCUGCCAGCUGCACCCAGCCAGGCCUCCAUCCCUGCCCCACCACCUCCAGCAGGGAGCGGCUGGUCGGCAGAGCACAUAGCCCAGCAGGUCAUCGUCCCCUGCAUGAAGUACUACGGCAUCUGCGUGAAGGACAACUUCCUGGGCCCCCAGCUGGGCGACAGGGUGCUGGAGGAGGUGGAGGUUCUGAAUCGCAGUGGGAAGUUUCGGGGCGGGCAGCUGGUGAGCCAGAAGAGCAUCCCGUCUCGGAGCAUCCGGGGCGACCAGAUCGCCUGGGUGGAGGGGAAGGAGCCUGGGUGCGAGAGCAUCGCGGCGCUGAUGGCUCACAUUGAUGAGGCCGUCAUGUACAGCGCUGCCAAUGGACAGCUAGGGAGCUGUGUCAUCAAUGGACGCACUAAGUAUGUUCAUGACGCAGGGAGUCUGCUUGGCAGUUGGAGCCAGGAGGAAAAGGUCCAGAGGUUAAUGAGCUCUGACUGCGAGCGUGAGCCGGCCAUGGUUGCUUGUUACCCAGGUAACGGCGCAGGAUACGUACGCCAUGUUGACAACCCUAACGGCGAUGGGCGCUGCAUCACAUGUAUCUACUACCUAAACAAGAACUGGGACAUCGAGACACAAGGAGGGUUGCUGCAGAUCUACCCAGAAGGCAAAAAUGUGGUGGCCAACAUUGAACCUCUGUUUGACCGGCUGCUCAUCUUCUGGUCUGACCGCAGGAACCCACAUGAAGUCAAACCAGCGUAUGCCACUCGCUAUGCCAUCACAGUCUGGUACUUUGAUGCCAAAGAGAGAGCAGAGGCUAAAGAGAAGUACAGAUUGGCAACAGGACAGAAAGGUGUUCAAGUGCCUGUCACUCAAAACAGCAGGACUUAAAUCUCAUCUAAUGGCUGGAGAGCACUCUCGAAGUAUUACGUGCCUUCCUGAACUGCUAAUGGACGUUGCGAUCACAAAGGGAGACACUGUUAAACUGUCAGUUGUCGCUGCAGCUCCACGCCGCUCUCCUGAAUGUCAGCUGUCAGAUUCACAUCACAGGCUGUGAUGUAAUAUUUUCCUGCCACCAAGUCAGGCUGCUGAUCAAGGACGUGGCCGAAAUACAGAGCACAGUGGACUGGCACAGGUGAAAUGAGAAAUGCGAGUCGGGACGAAGGAAUAAAAAACCUUCAGCGUCUCACGUAAUCGACCAUGAAGACCGAUAACUGAAAAAGAAAACGGACUCCUUAAUGUUUUUUUUCUUGCAGUUUUCCUGCUCAGUUAUCAGUGAUGUUGUGAUGUUUUGAGAAAUUAAUGUUUUUGCUCUGCUCUGGUGUGAUUUUUAAUUCAGACACAAGGAGCAUAAAUGAAUGAAAAAGUGGGCAGACAGUGUGGAAAAAGGAGCACGUGCAGUAGAAAUCAGUGCCCUGAAAUUCCUUAACACCCCCUGGUCUGUGAUGUGGCCCCUUGUCUCAUGAUGUGGGUAGAUGUGUACAUGUGGUCAGCGUACAGACAGAAAAUAAAAAGGCAUCAUGUGAUUGUUGGCCACAGCGCAGUGGAAAGUUUUCCGUGCGGCACACGUUCAAUCAGUGUUGGCCGAGGCACUAACCCUAAACAUAACGGCCAUCUGCUCAGAAGUUACGUGCAUGAGGACAACUCCACGCUGUAGUUUCACUCUGUAUAGCAAUUAAGUAGAGUAUUUCAGGACUGUAUGUGGCUCAAAAUACAACAUCUUUUGCAGUGGUCUCAAAAAAGACAAAGAAUCCAGCAUGAUUGGUUCUUUUUUUUUUUCCUUUAGUAGUAGCUGCAAUGUGUGUGACAGAUUUUCAAAACUGAUCCUAGAGCUACACAAAGCGUUUCUGUUGAUGUGCAGUGAUGUCUAUGGCUGAAAUACACGGCUCACACUUGAGACAAGAGGUAAGCUGUUCAAUGACAGGGGUCAAAAACAGGGAUUGAAGAAACAGGGUGUGGUGUGUGUGUGUAUUUGUGUGUGUGUGUGCUCAUAUGUGUGUGUACAGCUCCAGUUUGACUCUUACCUGUUCUUAACAAAAUGGAAAAUGUGUAUCGCCAGAGUGAACGCUGUUGAACAAACGUGCUCAAAAGAGACUCGCAUACAAAAACGAAAAAUAAGCAUAACAGCUCUUUUUUUUUUUUUAAAGCAAGGAAAAUGACAAAAUGAUACUAAACCUCAGUCAGCCUGUGUACUUAAAACCAUUUAAAGUAUAAAGCACAGAGUUAAGCAUACGCUGUUUGUGAACUGCUCACGUGUGGGAUCGAGUAUUUGUGCGUAAACGUGCACUUGCACAAGUAUGUGAUAAAUUCCACUGUCUUGAAGUGGGUCACAGGUGUUGUCUUGGUGUAUGUUAGACUGGUUAAAGAGAAGGUUAUUUUAAAAAGCACUUUAUUUUUUGGAAAUGCCGUGCGUGAAUGAUAGGGGGAAAAACAGUAUAACUAAAAAUGUAGAUUAAUGCCUUUUAUGCUGUGGAUAAUAUGAUCAUUCAGAUGCAAUAGAAACUAAAACAAUGAGAACAAAUGGAAAUUAUUUGCCUAUUUUUUUUAAGUAUUUAAUUAAAACAUGUCUGUUUUUGUACACAACAGAAUUGUAAUUGAUUUACUGGAAAGAAUCUAAACUGAGUUGCAGUUUAGUUGUUUUUUUUAAGAAGUGAAAUGAGACCAAGCGAGCAGCAACAUUUUUUUAAAAAGAAAAAUACAACCAGUUUCAGUCUCCCUCCGUGUGAGGGGUGAAAAUAAAAAAACAGUAAACUAAUUGUAAUGUGUGUCAGACAGAAUUCUGUCUGUUUAUUUGGAUAUGGCUAAAAUUUGCAAUGAAACGAAGGAGUUUGCAUUUAUAAACUUUGCAAAAAUUGGUAAAUUAUCUCGGUGUCAGUAAUUUUCUUCUCUGUAAAUAAAGCUAUAGUUAAGUUUUUGAUUGUAGUUUUUAAAAUUAGAAAGGUUUAUAAAUGAAUAAAUACUGUAUGCUGAAUUGGGUAUACCAGCACAGUCAACUUGAGGACAUGUAGUGCAGUGAAGAGUCAUCAUAUUUAUUGAUAACUUAUUAAUAAAGCUACAAGAAGUGCUCUGGGAUACAAUCCAGGACAUUUGAUGGGAUACAUGCUAAAAUCGUAAUAACCAAACACUGGUAUACAAGAUGCUUUCUUUAUAGCUUGAAGUGAUGAACAUGAAUAAAGAUGAUGUGUUCCUUG